UGCUUUCCUCGGGCUGGAGUACAUCUUGAUUGGUCGCUGAAGCUGUUGUCUUGGCUGCUUUCAACUCCCCGAACCACUUGCCACUUUCACCUUACCACCUUGCAUUGUUAUUGUUGCCCAUGUCGCCGUCGUCGUCGCUGCUCGUGCCCCCCGGGGCUGCGACUUCCGCUGCUUCGGCCUCGCUCACCGUUUCCGUGCCUGACCCGCAACAGAGCCGACCUCGCUCGCUCAGCUUGCGCCUCUCGGGCUCGGCCACUUCCGAGCCCAUGGCCAUCCCGCAAAAGGCCAACCAUGCCCGCAACUCGAAUGCCCUCGGCGACGAUGAUCAACCCAUCUCCUGCAGCUUACCCAGCAGCAUGCCGUCCCCGGCCCUCCCUUCCUUCACCACCUCCUCCCCACACCAGACGUCGGUGAUGAGCUUUUUCGACAACCUUUUCCCCGCCUCCCGACGCUCGCAACAACCGCCCCAACAACCCUCGCCUCCCUCAAUGACCCCCUCCACCGUCUCCUCCACCCACGGAUCCCCCGUGCCCCCUCCCGCCCUCAUCUUGCCCCAAAACGCCACCACGGGCGCCUCCCCCAGCACCGACUUUGAUUCACCCACCUACAGCAACAUUCCCUCCCCACGCCCGACGCUUCAGGAUCUUGUCGUGGCUGGUGACGCCAUGCGUGCCGCCGGGACCCUCAAGCCCUUGCCCUCCAACCCCUCGAGCAGGCGCGGCUCACUCACCCGCGCCGCUCAAAAGAAGGACUCGGAGGAGAACGCCAUGUCCUGGGUCAUGA